AUGGAAGCUGAAAAAUCGUCAUCACUGCUGUUAAUCAAAGAAGAGAAGAAUUCGGGGGAAGGUCUUACUGAAAACGCUGGUGAAGGCUCUUCAUUUGCAGACCCCUUCUUAGAAGUCAAGACAGAACCAGAAUUUUUUUACCAUAGUGAAUUUGAUGUGAACUUUUCAUCCCAAUCUAUAAAGUACGAAGACAGUUCUCCAAGCUGUGAUAAUGGAAGCAGAAAGAUGAUCUGUAUUGCAGAAGAAAGUAGAUAUUUGGGUGGAGGAAAUGCAUCUCCAAAGAGAUGCAACACAGCAGGGAAGCAAAUAACUUGUGCUGAAUGCCAAAGGACAUUUUCAUACAUGAGCCACCUGAAAUCCCACAUGAGAACUCAUACUGGAGAGAAACCAUUCUCUUGCUGUAAAUUUCAAAGAAGUUUUUCUCAUCAAGGUGCUCUCACGAAACACAUGAGAACUCAUACUGGAGAGAAACCAUAUACUUGCUCUAUAUGUCAAAGAAGUUAUUUUGAACCCAGUUAUCUCACAAAACACAUGAGAACUCAUACUGGAGAAAAACCAUAUACUUGCUCUAUAUGUCAAAGAAGUUUUUCUGAAUCAAGUUUUCUCACAAAACACAAGAAAACUCAUACAGGAGAAAAAUCACAUACUUGCCCUAUGCUCUAUAUGCCAAAAAAGUUUUUUUGA